GAACAGCUUCCGCGUCUCCUGCAGCCGGGACGGCGGGUGCGGCGGUGGAGCCGGCUGCGGGAGACGCGGAAGCUGUUCGAACGGAGUGUCCCCGCGGCCUCGGGUGGCGACAAGGAGGCCGCGGCGCGGCGGCUGCUGAGGCAGGAGCGCGCCGGCCUGCAGGACCGGAAGCUGGACGUCGUGGUGCGCUUCAACGGCAGCACCGAGGCGCUGGACAAGCUGGAUGCUGACGCCGUGUCGCCGACGGUCAGCCAGCUCAGUGCGGUCUUCGAGAAAGCCGACUCGAGGACCGGCCUCCACCGUGCGCCCGGGCCCCCCCGGGCGGCGGGGGCACCCCAGGUCAACUCGAAGCUGGUCAGUAAGCGGUCCCGAGUGUUCCAGCCACCGCCUCCGCCUCCUGCCCUGUCGGGGGAAGCCGCGACCGAGAAGGAGCGUGGCCCUGGAGGGCAGCAGCCCCCACAGCACCGGGUGGCCCCUGCCCGACCGCCGCCUAAGCCGCGGGAGGUGCGCAAGAUCAAGCCGGUGGAGGUUGAGGAAAGUGGGGAAUCUGAGGCCGAGUCGGCUCCCGGGGAAGUGAUCCAGGCCGAGGUGACCGUCCAUGCAGCCUUGGAGAAUGGCAGCACCUCGGCCACCACAGCUAGCCCCGCACCCGAGGAGCCCAAGGCCGAAGCGGUCCCCGAGGAGGAGGCAGCGUCGGUGGCAACGCCAGAGAGGGGGUUGGACAAUGGCCGGACCCCGGACGUGGCACCUGAGGAGGUGGAUGAGUCCAAGAAGGAGGACUUCUCAGAAGCAGACUUGGUGGACGUGAGCGCCUACAGUGGACUCGGGGAGGACUCUGGGGGCAGUGCCCUAGAGGAGGACGAUGAGGAAGAUGAGGAGGACGGGGAGCCCCCCUAUGAGCCGGAGUCAGGGUGUGUAGAGAUUCCUGGUCUCUCAGAAGAAGAAGACCCGGCCCCGAGCCGGAAGAUCCAUUUCAGCACCGCACCGAUCCAAGUAUUCAGCACCUACUCCAAUGAGGACUAUGACCGACGCAAUGAAGAUGUGGAUCCCAUGGCAGCCUCUGCGGAGUAUGAGCUAGAGAAGCGUGUGGAGAGGUUGGAGUUGUUUCCCGUGGAGCUGGAGAAGGACUCUGAGGGCCUGGGCAUCAGCAUCAUUGGCAUGGGGGCCGGAGCUGACAUGGGCCUGGAGAAGCUGGGCAUCUUCGUCAAGACCGUGACCGAGGGUGGUGCAGCCCAUCGGGAUGGCAGGAUCCAAGUCAACGAUCUGCUGGUGGAGGUGGAUGGAACAAGCCUGGUGGGAGUGACCCAGAGCUUCGCAGCCUCUGUCCUCAGGAACACCAAGGGCCGAGUGCGGUUCAUGAUUGGCCGGGAGCGGCCUGGAGAACAGAGUGAAGUGGCCCAGCUAAUUCAGCAGACUUUGGAGCAAGAGAGAUGGCAGCGGGAAAUGAUGGAGCAGAGAUACGCCCAGUAUGGAGAGGAUGAUGAGGAGACAGGAGAGUAUGCCACCGAUGAGGAUGAAGAGCUGAGCCCCACAUUCCCAGGCGGCGAGAUGGCUAUCGAGGUGUUCGAACUAGCAGAGAACGAAGAUGCACUGUCCCCUGUGGAGAUGGAGCCCGAAAAGCUGGUGCACAAGUUCAAGGAGCUCCAGAUCAAGCACGCCGUCACUGAAGCGGAAAUACAGCAACUGAAACGGAAGUUGCAGAGUCUGGAGCAGGAGAAAGGGCGCUGGCGGGUGGAGAAGGCCCAGCUGGAGCAGAGUGUGGAGGAGAAUAAGGAACGGAUGGAGAAGCUGGAGGGCUACUGGGGUGAGGCCCAGAGCCUGUGCCAGGCUGUGGAUGAGCACCUACGGGAGACUCAGGCCCAGUAUCAGGCCCUGGAACGCAAGUACAGCAAGGCCAAACGUCUCAUCAAGGACUACCAGCAAAAGGAGAUCGAGUUCCUGAAGAAAGAGACUGCCCAGCGUCGGGUACUGGAAGAGUCGGAGCUAGCUAGAAAGGAGGAAAUGGACAAGCUUCUAGACAAGAUCUCAGAACUGGAAGGAAACCUGCAGACCCUGAGGAAUUCUAAUUCUACUUAACAGGAAUCGCUCCUUGACUGGACAAUAAUAAUCCACUCCCAUUAUCCACACCCCCUGUCCUCAAUCCCCACCCCGCCCCUACCAGCCUGGGGACAGGUGCCCCGACUUCCCCCACUCCUCCACCCUACCUCCCCAGCUUCAGGGACCAGAGGGCCCAUAUCACAGGCCCCUUUAGGGUGGCCCGGGCAGACAAUGGUGGCUGGAAGAGUGGCCUCCUUGUUCUAUGGGACUGAGGUACAGAGGCCGAGAGAAGCUGAGAGCUGACCUGGGUGGUGGAUGGACACAAGGACCUGCAGACCAAACUGCCAGACUUUACAACCUCCAGCCUGUGUCUCUAGACCGGAGUGGAGCUGGGGCUCUCCCAGCAUCUCACCACUUGGAGGCUGCUCCCUGCCCACAGGGUCCGUGUGGCCCCUGGGCCUCUUGACUUGAGAUUCGACUUUCUUGGCCCUUUCCUCUUCCCUAUCAUUGUGCUGUCUGUUGCAUUCUGGCCUCCUGCUUGGAGGGGUUGCCUCAACAUCUCCCACCCCUGCUCCCCAUCCCAGGAGGGAUAGAGCCCACCCUUGAGCCAGAGGCUGGGCCUGGUCCUGCACUGAUUUCUCGUAUCCUUGGUGGUGGGGAGAGCUGGAGUAGGGGAAAGGAUGAGUCCAAAAUCCAGUCCCUUUCCUAGGAAGGGCAACAGCCCUCAACUUCUUGUGCCUCCCCUUUCCCAGGUGCCAAAUAGCCAUAGCCUCCUCCUGGAACUGUCCUGAGGCCACUCUGGGGUUCAGGUUUCCUUGGUCUAGCCUAGGAAUGCCAGGAGGGAGGGAGGUCAGCUUAGGUGGUGUGCCUGCAGAGCUCUCACUGGGGAGCUAGGCCCUGCCCAGGGUCACACCUGGAAGCCUUGUAUUACCAUCAAAGAGACUCAGCCUCCCCUCCUCCCCUUCCCCACCAUUUUCCAAUGUUAUCACUGGAGGGUAAAAUUUUACUAAUCUUUUUGGAGACCAGGGCUGCUUGCUGUCAGCCUGCUUUCUAAGUGAAAUUGACUCAGUUUCCCCACUUUAACCCCAAAUUGGGGCUUGGACCAAGGGAGGUGAGACCCCCUCAGGUACCCUCCCCUUUCAAAAUCCAUCUCAUUUUGCCACUUCCACAAUCCCCGUCCCAAGCCUAGAUUUCUGUUCGUUGUUUUUUUGGUUUUGUUUUUUGUUUUUUAACAACCCGGUUCUAUCCUUUUUGGCUUCUCCUAGACCCCUGUAAAUAGACCAUACCAUCAAUCAGUAUUUCUUGCCUCUCUUCCGCCCCCAGACGUUCCCCCACUUCCCAGAAAGAGCUGGCUGUCACAGUGCCCGGCCCCAGCACUUCACCUAGGCAGAUGGAGGGGGCGGAGCCGGGUGGGCGAGUUCUCGAUGUACUUCCGGUUUUGACCGGCAGCGCUCUUGCCCCGCCCUUGGAGGACCCCGUCUCUGUAUAUAAUAUAUAUAUAUAUGUAUGUAUUGUUCCUGGUUUUGUACGGACCAUGCCCUCUGUCAGGUCGUCCCCAUAAAAGCAGCCCCCAGA